AUGUCCGACCAAAUCCAAGAAUUCCUGGACAUCCCCAAAGACUUUUUCACGGAAGGAAGACAAUUUGUCAACCGUUGCACGAAACCCGAUAGACGCGAAUUCAUCAAAAUCUCUCAGGCAGUGGGUAUUGGCUUCCUUGUAAUGGGAGCAGUUGGCUUUAUCAUCAAGCUCAGUAAGGCGUUCCUGCCCUUUUUCCAUCCUCGCCCUUUCGCUUUGUUCUAG